CCACUUCCACGGCCUCCGGAUUCUGAAUUUCGGAACAAACUCGCAACCGACACCAUCCGGCAGCACCCCGAACUGUUCAAAAUCGUAUCCCCAAUCAAUGUGGAACGGUUUGAAAAGUUGCUCGAAGGCCAUCCAAACCGCGCCUUUGUGCAGUCGGUGUGCGCCGGUUUCCGAAAUGGCUUCUGGCCGUUCGCUCGAGACCGACCGGACGGCUACCCAGACACCUGGGACGAAUCCCAGUCGGAUAUCAACAACCCAGAGCACCUAGAGUUUCUGAACUCACAGAUUCUCGAGGAAGUCGGGUUGGGACGUUUCUCACCGGCCUUUGGGCCCGAUCUUCUUCCUGGCAUGUACAGCUCGCCGGUGCAUGUUGUCCCUAAGCCGGGCUCGUCGAAGCUUCGCCUAGUCACGGACCAGAGCGCGGGAGACUUCUCCCCGAACUCACUCAUAGACAAGCGGGAUAUCGCAGGGGCUUGCCUGGACAACAUAAGGGACCUCGGUUACGCGCUGAGG